UGACAGGGGGCUGGCCGAGCCCGCCCUAGCCCUGGGGUAGGGGGCGGGGCAGGGGAGCCCUAUAAUUGGAGGAGUCUGGGCUCCCAGAGCCCUGCUCAGCUCCUGCGGACUCAAAGGACCCGGUACCCCAGGAGCCGACUGACCAUCAGGCAGAAAGAUGAAGGUUCUGUGGGCCGUGUUGGUGGCCACGCUCCUGGCAGGAUGCCGGGCAGAGCUGGAAGUGGAGCCAGAGGUACAGGAGCAGACCAAGUGGCAGAUUGGCCAGACCGGCCAGCCCUGGGAGCUGGCACUGGGCCGCUUCUGGGAUUACCUGCAAUGGGUGCAGACGCUCUCUGACCAGGUGCAAGAGGAGCUGCUCAGCUCCCAGGUCACCCAGGAACUGGCGGUGCUAAUAGAGGACACGAUGAAGGAGGUGAAGGCCUACAAGUCGGAGCUGGAGGAGCAGCUGCGCCCGAUGGCCGAGGAGACGCAGGCCCGGCUCUCCAAGGAGCUGCAGGCGGCGCAGGCGCGGCUCGGGGCGGACAUGCAGGACGUGCGCAACCGCCUGGACCAGUACCGCAGCGAGAUGCGGGCCAUGGUGGGCCAGAGCACCGAGGAGCUGCGGGCGCGCCUGGCCUCGCACCUGCGCAAGCUGCGCAAGCGGCUGCAGCGCGACGCCGAGGACCUGCAGAAGCGCCUGGCUGUGUACCAGGCCGGGGCCCGCGAGGGCGCCGAGCGCGGCGUGAGUGCCAUCCGCGAGCGCCUGGGGCCGCUGGUGGAGCAGGGCCGCCUGCGGGCAGCCACCGUGAGCACUGUGGUGCCCAGCUUUUGUUUUUCCCAGAAAGCCUAUGGGGUGCAGGGUUCAGGCUGGGGAGAUGAGAGGCCCCUACCAGGCACCCCGUAG